AUGUUGUCUUGCAGGUUGCUUGCCACUACUUCAGGACAGAGAAGUGUUGAUACGGGCUUUGCCAUGAAACCGAACUUGAAACAAUGGAAACAAUUAAUGCUCUUUGGGAUAUUUGCUUGGGGUCUCCUUUUUUUAGUGAUCUUCAUCUAUUUCACAGAUAGCAACACUGUGGAACCAGUUCCAAGUUCCUUCUCAUAUGUUGAAACUAAAAGGAUCCUGCCUAUCCAAGGAAAACAGAGAUCAAUCAUGGGCGCCGUGCACGACCCAUCCUUUUCUGAAACCAUCGAUGGGAAUGAGGUGCUUCUCAAUGGAGACCUUUUGAAUUCAUUUAACUUAGGUCCCAAUAGCUUUCAGAAAUGGACUGAAAUGAAAAAUGGUUUGGAGAAUGAAGAGUUUUUCCCUUCUCAGACAAGAAAAAAAUCCCCACAUCUUUUCUAUCAAGUAAACGGUGAUUAUUUUUUUACUUUGGGUCAACCUAUGUCACGUAGCCAUGGCCAGCAAAUGGUGAAGUUUGUCCCCCUCAGUAAGGAGGACCAACAGAGGGCCAUCAAACACAAUCGAAAGAAAAUUAUCUUAAGGCACAGGAGAAGCCAAGAGUUGCCCCGUUGGGACAGACUUUAUUCUACCAUGUCUAAGUCCUUCCUAUACCGGCUUUGGAAAGGAAAUGUCUCUUCAAAAAUGCUAAAUCCACGCCUACAAAAAGCAAUGAAAGAUUAUCUCACCACCAACAAGCACAGGGUGAGGUUUAGGGGGAAACGGAACUCCAGGCUGACAAGGGAACAGCUGUUGUGCGAGCUCAGGGACCGAGUGACUGUGAAGACACUAGAUGGAAAGGAAGCCCCCUUUUCAGACCUUGGUUGGGAGAAGCAUGUCCCUCAAGCGCCCUUGAGCAAACUGUAUCCUCAAGGUUUGGGUAGUUGUGCAGUAGUCAUGUCUGCAGGGGCAAUCCUGAACUCCUCCCUGGGGGAAGAAAUAGAUUCUCAUGAUGCAGUUUUGAGAUUUAACUCUGCUCCUACACAUGGUUAUGAAAGAGAUGUUGGAAAUAAAACAACAAUGCGCAUCAUUAAUUCCCAGAUUCUGACCAACCCAAACCAUCACUUCAUUGACAGUUCAUUAUAUAAAGAUGUCAUUUUAGUGGCUUGGGAUCCUGCUCCUUACUCAGCAAAUCUUCACAUGUGGUAUAAGAAGCCAGAUUACAAUCUCUUCACUCCUUAUAUUCAGCAUCGUAGGAAGAACCCAAAUCAACCCUUUUAUAUUCUUCAUCCUAAAUUUAUUUGGCAACUCUGGGACAUAAUCCAAGAGAACACUAAAGAGAAGAUACAACCAAAUCCUCCAUCUUCUGGAUUCAUAGGAAUACUUAUCAUGAUGUCACUGUGCAGAGAAGUGCACGUUUAUGAAUAUAUUCCAUCUGUACGACAAACUGACCUCUGCCACUAUCAUGAACUAUACUAUGAUGCAGCCUGCACUCUGGGGGCCUACCAUCCCCUGCUCUACGAGAAGCUCCUGGUGCAGAGGAUGAACCAAGGCAUCCGAGAUGACCUGUACCGAAAGGGGAAAGUGAUCCUACCAGGGUUUCGAGCUAUCAGCUGCCCUGCACCCGAUCAGUUUCCAAAUUCUUAA